UCUUUUCUUGUUUUCUUCCUUUUCCUUUCUUUUUCUGUCGUCCCCUUUCUUUCUAUUUCUUCCUCGGCCACUCUGUCUUUGUCCUUCUCUUUGUGUCUCUGUUCCUCUGACGGUCCUUCCGCCAGUCUCUAUUUUUAGCCCUCUGACACACCCCCUGUGUCCACCUCUCUGUCUGUCUGUCUCUCCCCCUCCCUCGUCUCAGGUCCAGCUUCUGGUCCCAAUUAGUUGGUGGCGGCCAAGGCAGCGGCAGGUCCCCCACCCCCGGCUCCUCAUUACCGCUGGCGGCUCCUAAUGAGCCUGGGGAGGGGGUGACCCCGCGCCCCCGGCCCCCCGGCCUGCGUCACUGCCCGGUGCGGGGGCUGCGGAGGCGAUAUAAGGGGGCUGCCAGCAUCGCUGCCUCAGCCCACUGCACGGUGAUGGAGACCCGCCAGGUGUCCAGGAGCCCUCGGGUUCGGCUGCUCCUGCUGCUGCUGCUGCUGGUGGUGCCCUGGGGCGUCCGCACUGCCUCGGGAGUCGCCCUGCCCCCGGUCGGGGUCCUCAGCCUCCGCCCCCCAGGACGGGCCUGGGCGGAUCCCGCCACCCCCCGGCCGCGGAGGAGCCUGGCGCUGGCGGACGACGCGGCCUUCCGGGAGCGCGCGCGGUUGCUGGCCGCCCUCGAGCGCCGCCACUGGCUGAACUCGUACAUGCACAAGCUGCUGGUGUUGGAUGCGCCCUGAGCGCGCUGCCCGUCCCCAUCUUAAUAAAGACCAUGCCCUGCG